UAGUAGAGGGUGUGGGAUGGAACACCUGGCCCCAGGGAGGAGGCCCGUGAGCAGAGACCAGUUUGUGUGUCACGACCAGCAAGAAAGUGCUGGUGGAGUCUCCAACGUGGACAAGCUACGAGGCUACUAUGAUGAAGCCAGGAACAGGCUGAAAAAUUACCUUGGUAUGGAAGAGGCGAUGGGGUCAGGCAGCAGCAGCCCCAGGAGCCAGGACGGGGUAACGAGCUGCGGGGAUGGGGAAGGGGGCGUUAUGUUCCAACAGCGCCCCGCCCACUGCCGCCUCGAGGGUAAGACACAGGAACCUUCUGACGAGGAGUUUACUGACAUCUCCUACAGCGACUUGGGGUUCAUCAUCACUCCCCAGACCAAGAAACUGACGGUCAACAACAAUUACAAGUUGAGUGGUGACGGUGCGUCCAUCAACCCCACUAACACCUCCAACACGCCCUCCCCUACACCCACCACCACUACGACGAGUCACCAGGACCACGACUAUGAUAUGGUCAGCAGUAAGGUGGACAACGGCAUCACAGGGACCUCCUACAGUAGUAGUAGCAGUAGCAGUAGCAGCAGCAGCAGCAGCAGCAGCAGCAGUAGUCUCCCCAGCGUCACACUACAGCACCGCAGCAGCAAUGGCAGCUUCACGGCGCCGCAGCUCCCAGGGGUCGCCACCCCACACACAACCUCACCAACUAACCUCGACGACCUCAGACUGGAGGAGAUCACCACAUAGUGUCCAUUCUCCUCGCCCUCCAUGACGACCUCAGACUGGAGAUCAUAAUAUAGUGUCCCUCACUCUCCAUGACCUCAGACUGGAGAUCACCACAUAGUGUCCCUUCCCCUCGACCUCCACCAUCACCCACCACAUUAUCAUCCCAAUCACCUCAGAGAUACCACGAGACAACAGAGUAAGUCACUCGUACUAAUUUAUUAAUACACUGUAGACACUCCCUGUAUCCAAAUAUCGUCAUUACAAAACUCUGCAAUGAACCUAAGUAACUCAAGCCAUCUGUAACCAUGUUCUUGAUACAGUUAGAACUAAUAACGUUUAUGUGGUUUAACUCUUACGCUGACAACCCGGCGAGUGUGAGGACAAGGCUGAGAGUAUUCAAGUCUUGUGUGUAAAUAAUUCUUAAAACAAACUACAUCUCCUCAAGGACCCCAAUAAUCAAUAAUACUCGGGAGACUAACCUGUAUUGCAUCAGGUGUGUGGUAUUGUACUGCGUGUGGUAUAUCAUAUUUGCACUUACUAAACUCGGCAACAUAUACACGCUCAGCCAACAGUGAGUAAAAUAUUCGAUGGAUCAAGGGUCGUACUUCAAGUAUGGGUGCGCGGGAGUUGGUCGAUCACGGUAAAGAUACUUACAGCUGAUCACCCACAGAAAAAAAAAAGUUCAAGGUUACGAGAGGGAGGAGACGGCCUGGCUGCUGCUGUGCUUCCUGCCCUGCGGAGGGUCAGUCGUCAAUACGUGUAAGGCGGAGGCUGUGGAUCAAUGUCCCAACACCCCCCCACAGCUACACUUCCUUGUUAUCUACACGAAAUCUUUAGCGACGGCAACAACACGAUACAUGAAACAUAUCGACGAGUACCGGAAAUGUCAGGUGGAGUUUCUUGUGCACAACACAUGACACGCGCUCUUGUCAGGUCCCGAUCCUCUUCUACGGUCUCUUGGUAAUGCCCUGUAAAGUUAUCACCGGACUUGUUUACCAUGCUGACCUCGACCCUCCCCAUCUAACCCCUCAUUUCUUGACCUGUCAUCUCAUUUCCCCACGUGACUUCUCACCUCUCCUGCCUUUUAUCGUCCACACUUUAUUUUUCACCUACUCUCCUCGUUUACCGAUCUCCAUAACCAUCUGACCUUUCAUCUUCCCUUCUUUUCCUAUCAUCUGACCUCUACCCUACCACCUGACCUUUCCCCAUCUCCCCUGCCUGGCCUUUUACCUUCCGACUUGACUGUUCACCUGACACCAGCAGACACAUAAACACUGGUGAUGAGCCCCGCCACGCCCCGAGGUAUAAUGAACGUGUUCUCAUUACUAUCGAUUUGUGGUGUCAAUAUAUCGUCUCCUCAUUGUGAACCUCCAGCACAGCACAGGAUGGUUAGAGCACCCAACCUUGACUGUGUCGUCAUUUUCCAACACAGGUACGGUGCUUCGAGCAACCUAAGACCAAUAUCCAAUGUUCCUGUGUCAUAACUCACUCUAUAGUUACGGUGUGGGGCCACUGACACACUCAAGAAGUCGUCCUCAGCCACCUCUGGAGGCCUGUAGGUAAUAACUUCGAGGUCAAUUAACACCUUUUUUGUGUUCGUAUUUAACAUAUUAUUACCUAUAGACGUUACCUGUAAUAGUAACAGGUAAAAGUGAAAGUGAGAAUAUAACUCAACACCUGAUAAAAAUGUCUUUAGUGAUGUUCGCCCGUACCAUAAAAACAUCGCCAGCACGAGCAAUCGACAGUACCUGGUGUUUCCCUCGGGUGUAACUACAGAAGUUAUACGCCAGGCGCAUGUUCGCUUGCCUUGUGCCUGCAUGGGCGUUCUUUUUAUGGUAGGGGCAAGAAAUGAGACACUAGAUGGAACUUCGGGAUACAAGAGGAACCACGAAAUACGUAUUUGUUGGUUCCUACUUGAUGCCCAGCUAAGGUGUCGACGAUGUUUCUGAGACAUGAUAGGAAUGGAAGUCUCUCUCUCUCUCUCUCUCUCUCUCUCUCUCUCUCUCUCUCUCUCUCUCUUCCCCGUUUCUUUCUGUUUCUCUCUCUCUCCAGCAUAUUCAGUUUUAAUGUUAACCCAUUCUGGCCUUUACAAACAAAUAAUUUUCUCUCUGUCCUCUACAUAAUCCGCUUCCUGUACGUGGUGUAGUGAACCUGUAGGUGUAUAUUUUGAAAUUGAGAAAUUGUUUUAUACCAAUAUAAAAAUGUUAAUGGAUAUUAUAAAAUAUAGGAUGACAUAAUGAUAAUAUUAAUGUUCAUGAUAAUAAUGGUGAUAUUAUUACUACUGCUACUAUUAAUAAUAAUAA